AUGCGUCUCGUCCUUCUGUUAUGUGUCAUCAUUUUCGCAGGUUUUGAAGCUGAAGCAUUAUCCUAUGAUUACACUGCAAGCAUUGAAUGUUUGGAAUACCCACAGAAGCCUCAGUACAAUGGAGGAAUCAUCCAAAACCCAGAACUUAAUAAUGAUCUAAAAGGGUGGACUCCAUAUGGGGGUGCAAUAAUAGAGUAUAGAGAAUCAUUAGGCAACAAAUAUGUUGUAGCUCAUAGCAGAAAUCAAGCAAAUGAUAGUGUCUCCCAGAAGAUUUUCCUGCAAAAGGAUGAGCAUUAUACUUUAUCAGCUUGGAUACAAGUGAGUGAGGGAAAUGUUCAAGUAAAUGCAAUUGUCAAAACAACUAAAGGAUUAAAACUUGCUGGUGCCAUUGUUGCUGAGUCUAAUUGCUGGUCUAUGCUUAAAGGAGGUCUCACAGCAGAUACAUCAGGAGCAGCUGAGCUCUAUUUUGAGAGCAAUAACACUUCUGUAGAUAUUUGGAUCGACAGUAUUUCCUUACAACCAUUCACAGAAAAGCAAUGGAGAUCUCAUCAAGAUCAAAGCAUUGAGAAGGCACGGAAGAGGAAGGUGUUAGUUCAAGUAGUUGAUGAUGAAGGAAAUCCUUUACCAAAUGCAAGUAUAUCUAUUAUACACAAGAAGUCAAGCUUUCCAUUUGGAAGUGCCAUCAACCAUUACAUCCUGAACAACAGUGCAUAUCAAAAUUGGUUCACCUCAAGGUUCACAGUCACCACAUUUGAAAAUGAAAUGAAGUGGUACAGCACCGAAUAUAUGCAAGGCAAGGAGAACUACUCGGUUGCCGAUGCCAUGCUACAGUUUGCAAAGCAACACAACAUUGCUGUUCGAGGUCACAAUGUAUUUUGGGAUGAUCCUAGUUACCAACAAAGUUGGGUUACUUCACUCUCACUAGACCAGCUCAAAUCAGCAGUCCAAAGGAGGGUGAAUUCCAUUGUGUCAAGAUACAAGGGUCAACUUAUUGCUUGGGAUGUUGUUAAUGAAAAUCUGCACUUUUCAUUCUUCGAAAGUAAACUUGGACAAAAAUUUUCAGCCAGGAUGUUAAAAAAGGUUCACAAUAUUGAUAGGAAAACCACUUUAUUCUUGAAUGAUUAUAAUACCAUUGAGGAUAGCACAGACGGUUUAUCAUCCCCAGCAAAGUACAUCCAGAAACUCAGAGAGAUACAAAGCUAUGCUGGGCAUCGAAGAUUGCCAAUUGGAAUUGGGGUUGAGUCCCAUUUCCCUAAUUCUCCUCCUAAUCUGCCUUACAUGAGAGCUUCCAUUGAUACCCUUGCAGCUACUGGUUUACCAAUUUGGAUUACAGAACUUGAUGUUGAAUCCCAGCCUAAUCAGGCAGAGUACUUGGAGCAGGUUCUUAGGGAAGCAUACUCACACCCGCACGUUCAGGGCAUUGUACUGUGGACAGCAUGGUCACCACAAGGUUGCUAUAGGAUGUGCUUAGUGGAUAACAAUUUCAAGAACUUGCCUACAGGGGAUGUUGUGGACAAGCUGCUUAGUGAAUGGGGGUUAAAAAAAUUAUUAGGGACGACAGACCAAAAUGGGUUCCUUGAGGCCUCCCUUUUUCAUGGCCACUACGAAAUGGAAAUCAGUCACCCUUUCAAGAAGAACUAUACUUUCACUCAGAACCUACAAGUGAUUCUAACGGAUGAGUUCAACAAAACAAAUCAAUUUAUACAACUUUCUUUAUAG